AGAUCCCCCCCCCCCGGCGCCGCAUGAAGAACGCAACUAUUGGGAGAAUGAAGAUAGGAUAAGGAGCCUAUUGGCGAUAUGUUUUGAUGAUGGUGUGUAUCCAACCAAAAUUGACCCGGGAGAGAUGGUCGUAGAGGGGCAAGAAGUGAGGUUCAAGUUGAAAACCUCCUUGGACGACAUAAAAGUCAAAUGGCUAAAGGAGCGUACAGUAACCGUUAUUUAUAAGGAUGCUGCCAGGUCCCUACCAAAAAACGUGAAGGACGACCUUGUCCGAGCGUUCGAAGAUGGGUGGGUGUUGGGGAAUGAGGACUUUUCGGAGAACUCGCGAAGAGGACGAAUCAAGAUAGAGGGCCCAGGGGUAGCAUCCUAUGUGGCGAAAGCAAGGGAGAUUGCGGAGUUCAUGAUCUCGGAGGGACAAGUGGAGGUGCCAAUGGGAGACUCCUCUACGUACAAGAUCCUAUUCAAACCAUGGAUGACCUGGGCUAAUACCUUCUGGGUGAUCGCGACUCAAGUUCCUUUGGACGAUAUGCCAUUCAUAUAUGCGCAGAUCGAGAAGGCAAUCGGGAAAAUCAUCCUCGCGCAUCCGACGGAUGCGGACCCCUCAAGACCAGCGCUGGUCAACGCUCGAUUCGAGCUGGACCCCGACUCUCGCGCCAACAUGAAGGACGUAAUAUGGGUGGAGACCGCAAAGGGAGACGUGUUGGAGAUACGAUUGGCGACUUCGGAUACCAUGAAAUGUAAUGAGUGUAAACAGUUCUUCCACCAGGAGCAGGAUUGCAGGAGGAGAGGAAGACCUCGUAACCAGGGAACAAACGCUUUGGCCUCCGCAGGUCGGCAGGAGCAGAACUGGCAGGCGACAACCUCAAGCGGAGAUGCUCUGUCGGAACUGAGGAUUCGCCUGCCGAAAGACAAGAAACUAGACUCAGCCUAUGUGCGAACAACUCUUACUCAAGAUUGGUUGGUGAGGCUUCCUAUCCAAGGACGGCUAGACUUGGACCGACCAGUCACGGCAGAAGAAGCGGGCGAAGCUCUAAAGGAUAUGGCGUCUGGGAAGACCCCGGGGAAUGACGGCCUUCCAGUAGAAUUCUACCGACAACAGUGGAGCAUUCUGGGAGACGAUCUUGUGGCAAUAUAUAAUGAGAUCCAGAUGGGAGGGCAGCUACCAGCUAGUGCGUGCAAAGGGAUUAUCUCGAUCUUGUACAAAGAAGGAGACACCAACGAGAUUAGGAAUGGCGCCCGAUCUCCCUGUAAAAUGUCUCCUAUAAGAUCUUGGCUAAAGUAAUGGCCCGUUGGCUAGGGAGAUAUUUACCAAGUGCCGUUGAAUAACAUAUGAGAGCACAUGCAAGUGGUGGGACUGGAGACUGACUCGCGUGCAUGCAAGGUGAAAGCUUUGGCAGACGAUCUCUUUGCAAUCUCGGCUAAUACCGUGGAGUCAAUGUCGGCACUGCGAUACUGUCUGAGACAGUAUAAAGAACUCUCAGCGAUCAGCUGGUCGAAGUCGGGAUACUUCCUCCCGCAGAGGUAUAAGCCGCGUGUGGAAUGGGGAAUGAAGCGUAUACAAUACA